CAAUGGCAAAGAAGACUUGCUGGUUUGUUUCUCAGGAAAAAACAAGAACAGAGAAGAAAUCUAGAAGGUGGAGAUGGAUUCUUGGAAAGCUAAAGUUUAAACAACGUCCUGUGCUGCCAUCACCUCAAAGGAUCAUAGAUGAAGCAGCAGAAAAGCAGAGAAAGUUUGCUGUGACUGUAGCUCUUGCGACGGCGGCUGCAGUUGCUGCUGCUCAGGCUGCAGCUGAGGUUGUGAAGCUCACUGGUUCUUCUCAAUCUCGUCUUCAUUUCGCCAUGAAAGAUGAAAACUUGGCUGCCAUUAAGAUUCAGAGUGCUUUCCGGGGAUAUCUUGCAAGGAAAGCUUUGAGAGCAUUGAAGGGAGUGGUGAAGCUUCAAGCCAUUGUUCGUGGACAAGUUGUGCGACGUCAAGUAGGCACGAAAUUGAAGCGUUUGCCAUCCAACGCAAAGAUGCGAUCGAAGGUCCGAGUGACGACCAUUGACAUUUGUAAGGAAGGCGGAAAUAAACAAUUGUCCAAGUCCAAGGAGUUGGGAGAAAUGGACAGUAAGCUCGAAUGCAAAAGCCAAAGUUGUUGGGAUUACAGCACACUUUCAAAGGAAGACAUGGAAAGCCUAUGGUUCAAGAAGCAAGAGGCUAGCAUCAAAAGGGACCGAAUGAUGAAGUACUCAUUUUCACACCGGGAGAGGCGAAACACUCAUGUACUGGAAGAAUCAAUAGCCAAGAAUGAACCUGAUAGACAGAGACACUGGCUGGAAGAAUUGGUGAACAAAGAUGCAUUGGCUAGAGAACGGAUAGAGAAUCUGAAAGCAAGUGACAUAUUUGGUACAACACAAGUGAAAAUGAGUUCACGGAAACAAGAUAACAUAGAAGCAUUGAGUUCACCAGUGUCAUUUCCAAGAAGAUCAUUCUGUCGGACACAACGGAAUACUACAGGAGAUGACAGUUCUGCACUGAAUUCUCCUGUUUUCCCAACUUACAUGGCUGCAACAGAAUCUGCAAAGGCAAAGGCAAGGUCGAUGAGCACACCGAGGCAACGAAUAGGAAUUCAGGAUCAUUUUCUCAUUGACAGCUUAUCAUACAAAAGUGGACUUUCUAUUUGGUCUUCUUAUAACAGUGAAUGGUUCGGAAACAGUAGCGAAGCUGCUCAGCGCGUUCCUAUAAGCGUAAAUCGCCAUUAUUGAUGAGAUGCCUGGCUUGCUUCUCAACAAAAUUAAUACCAACCAGAAGAGGUA